AUGACUAGUUUCAAAUGUGGAGGAAUGACACUGGGCUUCAGUUGGGCUCAUGUCCUUGGAGAUGCAUUCUCACUUUCUCAAUACCUCAACUUGUUGGGCCAAAUCAUGAUAGCUCCUGAUCAUCAACCACCCACCAACUCACUACCCACCCUGCUACCAAAACUUGCAGAAACCAAUAAAGCUAAUAAACCCAAUAACCCAUCAUCACUUCUGGUUGAACCACUUUCGGUUAAAUGGGUUGAACCGGUUGGAGACCACUGGAUAACUGCCAAUAACUGUACGAUGGAAAACUAUUCCUUCCAUAUCACCGCCCAACAAUUGAAGGCCAUGAGUUCAAAGAUGUCUUUUAAAAUUCCAUUAUUUGAAUCUCUCUCUGCUAUCUUCUGGCAAUGCUUAACAAGAAUUAGAAAAGGAUCAGAAGAACCAAAGACUGUGACCAUCAUCUGCAGAAACAGAGAGAAGAAGGGAGGGAGUAGUACUUAUUUGAUCAGCAACUACAACCAGACAAUAAGCACAGUUCAGGUUGAUUUCUCUGUCACUGAAGCUGACCCAAAGGAAUUAGCAGCAAUGAUCAUGGAACAGAAGAAGGUUGAUGAAAAAAGCAAGAUUGAAGAAAUGGUGAAGCAGGAUCAAGGGAUGUCUGAUUUGAUCAUUUAUGGUGCAAAUCUAACAUUUGUGGAUUUAGGAGAGGCUGAUCUUUAUGGGUUUGAGUUGAAGAAACAGAAACCAGCUUUUGUGAAUUAUACAAUUGAUGGGGUUGGAGAUGAAGGGGUCAUUCUAGUGAUGAAGGGUCCUCCAUCAGGUAAAGUAAAUGAUGAUGAUGGCGAUAUUGGUGAUGAAGGAAGGACUGUAACUGUCAUUCUUCCUAAAAAUCAGAUAAUGAUGCUGAAAGAUGAGCUCCGAAGCGAAUGGUCUAUUGCCUGAUGAUAUUAACAGUCUCUCCUGUGAAGCAAAGGGUAAGAUUGCGCACAUUUGUCCUCCCAGAACCUACAGUAGCUGGAGCCUCGUGUACUGGGAAGCUCUUUAAUUUUUUCUUUUUUUCUUUUUUUUUUCAUCGGUAUUUUUUUGAGUAUGAUACAAUAUCAUUAUCUUAAACCCUAUAGAAAUACCAAAAUCAACUUGGACCCACGACCAUAGGAUUAAAAGUCCUGCGCUCUACCAGCUGAGCUAAGUCGGCAUAUUAAUUUAAGAGUAAUUUGCUUCUGCCACUUUAAGAAAUGACAACAUUGAUAAUCCUAAUGUACUUUCAUUUCUCAGUGAUAUCUUAUUUCUUUUGUGAAAAUUGAUAAAUCUUUGUUAACUAUUUAUUUGAUGCAUAACUUUGUGAUUAGAUUUUUCCCCCUUUUUCAUUGAUGGAUUAACAGAGCUCGUAGCUGACACAGGGACCCAAUGUGUCAGAGCUCGUAGCUGUAAUAAAUUGAAUUAUGAUAACAAUAAUGAAAUAAUCUAGAGCUUGGAGUCCAUUGGUCACCUGAAGGGGAAGGUUGGCUUUAUAAUCAAAGGUGAAACCUGGUCUGAAUGGGAAGUACUUUGGCUCUUGGCAAGCAGUUGAGUUCAGUGCUUGAUUCCCACCAAACAAAUCCAGUCUCGAGUUAGAGUUGGCCAAUUGAAGAAAAUGGAUCACCAGUAAUUGAUCUAAGAGACCCACUGGGAGAAGAUGGAAUUAUAUCAGUAAUGUUUCCACAAACCCCAGGCAUUUGAAAUAAUGGGUUCAUGAAAAUGACCAAAGAAUCACUACAGUGAAGUCCCCUUCCGUACAUGAUUGCUGGUUCGAACCACGAAGAUAUUAAUUAAAAACUGAUUGAACUAAAAGAUUUGUCAGCUUAAUUAAUACUCCAAACCCAAGUCAGUCAAUGCAAGCAGACUCUAUAUGAUAAGCAAAUCAAAUGCAUGGUACAGCUUCUACUUUUGGGUCUGGAGAUCAAUCCCCAAUUCCUCAAGUGGAUUAAUUUCAUUAAAUCUAUUUGAGUUAAGACUACAAUAACUGUUGCUUUUUCAAAAUGCCAAAUAUGGAGCAUAUUUUUCAGUAACUGCGAGGCAAUUCAUAGGAUGUGGCAGACUAGCAAAGGUAACAGAUUUGAUUAUUAACUUUUACUAGAAAUGACAAAAGUUUACCCUGCUUCUACCCAAAAACAGACAAAAGUUUACUCUGCUUCUGGGGUAAUUCAUCAUGAACCUGAUUAAUGAUUGAUUGGAAGGUAUUUAUCAUCAUUUGAGAGAUCAAACAGGCAUAUCAAUAUUCUUCAGUUCUCUCAAGGGACUUCGAGCAAAGAAUUCAUUGAGCAAAUAAAGUUCCGUCUU